AGCCCUGAAAAAGCACCCAAGCAGAGGACUCCCAAAGUGCACACUACCAAAAGCUGCUGCUUUCCUGAGACCCUCUUGGGUCUGCCUUCCCCUGCUGUUGCUACCUUGCAGCUAAGUGGGAGGUCUGACAAGCCGAGCAAGGCAGCGAGCAAGAAAUUCAGUUGCUGUCGAGAUCAGGAAUUCCUCCGUGACGGCUGCUGUUGUGUCUGUGCGUGUGUUUGCGUUCGUACUACUCCGAGAAGGGCUCCGAUAUUCUUACUGCUUUAAAUAUAGCUUGCCCUGGGGCGGGGAGCCGCACAAGGAAGGAGUCGACAAGCAGCCUAUCUCUUAGAAGAAAAGAGCAAGCCUCGCAGCUCGGGAACUGGCUUCACUCAAGUGUGCAGUUCAGAAGUGAAAAAAACCCCACCCAACCGACCAAAACCCCCCAUGAAAUACCACCAUUUUGGAGAAGGCUGGAGAAAAAGGAUACAAACCUGGCUAAACGGAGUGAAGAAGAUGGUAAAUCAGGGUAAAAAGCACACCUCUUUGCAGUUCGAAAGCAGGCUCUGAGAGCUUUUGCUCACUGAAGCCUCAAGUCUACAUUCUCUGUCCUACAGCUUGGUUUUUGCUUUUCAGCUGAAUUUUCAAUGUCUGCCAACAUUGGACUUCCUAUGGAACUUAAAAGAAAGCAUUUCAGCUUUUGGAGUAAUUCUGGCAUGUUUUUCUACAUCACACUAGUGGCAAAAAUACAGUCAAGAAAAGAUUGUGCUCCUUAAACUUCUGGCAUGGACAGCUGAGGAAUAUAAAGCCUGAUGGUGACAGAGGGUGAUCACUUCCAGUUUUCCACCGUUUACUUCACCGGUUUUGGACUCAGCAAUGGAUAUUCUUUGUGAUGAGGACAGCUCUGUGAACCCAACUGCAAACUCCCUAAUACAAAUAAACCAUGAGAGAAGACUCUACAGAAACGUUUAUGGAGCUGGGGAGAUUAAUACAUCACAUCUUUUUAACCUGACCGUGGAAUCUGAAAAUCUAACCAAUCUUUCAUGUGAAAGUAGCACGAGUCCCCCUUGCUACUCUUCCCUGCUCCAGCUUUCCCAGAAACAUUGGCCAGCUCUGCUGACAGUGAUAGUGAUUGUUUUAACCAUUGCUGGAAAUAUCCUUGUCAUCAUGGCUGUGUCCCUGGAGAAGAAACUACAGAAUGCUACCAACUAUUUUCUCAUGUCACUCGCAAUAGCUGACAUGCUGCUGGGUUUCCUUGUCAUGCCUGUGUCCAUGUUAACCAUACUGUAUGGAUAUGCAUGGCCGCUACCUACAAAGCUCUGUGCCAUUUGGAUAUAUUUGGAUGUGCUUUUCUCCACUGCCUCCAUCAUGCACCUCUGUGCCAUCUCUCUGGACCGCUAUAUUGCCAUUCGAAACCCCAUCCACCACAGCCGGUUUAACUCAAGAACUAAGGCUUUUGCAAAAAUCAUUGCUGUUUGGACCAUAUCAGUGGGUAUCUCCAUGCCCAUACCUGUGUUUGGACUACAAGAUGACUCCAAAGUGUUUAAGAAAGGCAGCUGCUUACUUGCAGAUGACAAUUUUGUGCUAAUAGGCUCUUUUGUGGCAUUCUUCAUCCCUCUAACCAUCAUGGUAGUCACCUACUUUUUAACUAUCAAGUCACUGCAGAAGGAAGCUCUGUUGUGUGUGAAUGACAUUGGCCCAAAGACCAAGUUUGCUUCCUUUAGCUUCCUCCCUCAGAGCUCCCUGUCCUCAGAGAAACUCUUCCAGCGCUCUCUGAACAGGGAUGUGGGGACUUCUGGGAGGAGAACCAUGCAAUCCAUCAGCAACGAGCAGAAGGCUUCCAAGGUUCUUGGCAUUGUCUUCUUUCUGUUUGUUGUGAUGUGGUGCCCGUUUUUCAUCACCAAUGUGAUGGCUGUAAUUUGCAAGGAGUCAUGCAAUGAAGAAGUCAUUGGAGGACUACUUAACAUAUUUGUUUGGAUUGGCUACCUUUCUUCUGCAGUUAACCCUCUUGUAUAUACCUUGUUCAACAAAACCUACCGCUCAGCUUUCUCUCGUUACAUUCAGUGUCACUACAAGGAGGAGAAGAAACCUUUCCAGCUGAUUUUAGUGAACACUAUCCCAGCACUUGCAUAUAAUUCCAGCCAGCUCCAGCUAGCACAAAUGAAGAGUUUGAAAAAAGAGGCCAAAAUGAUGGCCAAGGAUUAUUCCAUGGUGACAAUAGGAAUACAUCAUUUGGAUGGUACCUCCAAGGGAAGCAUCAGCCCAGAGAGUGAAAAGGUUAGCGGUGUGUGAUGGUUGGCAGGCAGCUGCCAUGACAACCACCGUGCAUAUGCUGCCAAUUUCACCUGGCUGUGAGAAGAUCUGAUAGCUUAGAAAAACAAGCCCUCUUCAAGAGACCCUCCAGCAACAUCACAUACGCCUCACGUUAUCCUGGGGAUGGAAAGCAGGGUUGAAACGGUAUCAAAUGUGCAAUUUCUUUUCAUACAGUACUUUGGCUGUUUUAAGCACAGGCUUUAUUAAACUUAUUUUUUUAAUAUUCUAAAGGAUAUCUUUCUUAAAGAAAAAAAAAACCAAAACCAAACCACAAUUUUCACAUGGGCUGUGAAGAAAUCUAUGCUCUUCUCUUUGCAAAUGAAAGCUAAGCUGUCCUUUGGUGUCCAUGCAGAGUAGGCUCCAGCUAGUUUGUCUUGCUACAAAAGAAAUUUCUUAUCAUUAACUGAUUGAGCACCUUAUGGAAUUUUAAAUAAAAUCAUGGUUAACUUAAUAGUAUAUAUUUAAAAUCGAUUUUAAAGCACUAAAGAAAAAUCUAUUUAAAUCUGUACAGAUGAAUUCUAUGGACACUUUGGUAACUGUUUUUAUGGGUAUUUUUUCUCCUGAACGACCAUUCCAAACUGUUACUGGGCUUUUCCAUCACUUGUUCUAUGGUUCAAGUUAGCAAUCCUCAAAGGUAAAUGAUACUUGAAUGAUCCUCUGUUUUUACAACCCUUCUGUAUUUUGAUUUAAUCUCUUGUACUUUAUUUCCAUUCCAAAACGUUCAUCCCUUUUGCUUAAAACUUGAAAGAAUUCUUUUCCAAAGUAAUUGUUGAGCUUGGUUUCCCUGUUCCUUCCCACUAGUGUUGGCAGGAAAGCGAAGUGAGAGAUGAGUAGAAAAUCAGGCACAACAUUGCUAAGUAAUUCCAGGAGUGACUCCACAUCCUUGCCUCUGUUCGAUUCCAGCAGAGCCUGAUUCAAGUAACGCGACCAGAAAUUUUGCAUGAGUAAAUCCUCCAGUAAAAGGUUGCAGCAGACCCUGCCUCACCAUUUCCUUGUUUGAAAAGUCCAUUAUGAAUGUGUCCUGGUUUUGAUUUAGGUCUGGCAGAGCCAGAAUCGUUAGAAAGCUGUUAUUUGUUCAAAAUGGUUUCCCCUUGUUUCUCUGUUUUGUUGUUACAGUAGAUUGCUCAGGAAUGGUAGGUAGCUUGCACUACUAGGACUCAGCCUUAAUUAAAUAUAUAUGGACAAAUGGAGCCCACUUGAAAAAUUACAGGGCUUAUAAGUGGCACUGUAUUUCAACUGCAUAGCUCAAUGGUCAACAUAGACUACAUAAAGAACACCAGAUGCACUGCUUGACAGAAAUGCCUAGUCAUGAAACCGUUUCUUUUUUUUGUAUCACAGACUAUUUCACUGAAGCCAGCAGAAUUCUGCUGGAGAGCAGAGAUACAAACGUUGAAUCCACCUGCAAAACCUAAAUCUAAGCAUUUUAUUCAUUCCAUGAAUGUUGCAGCCAUGACCAUCAGAAUCAGGAUGUACUCCAGUUUCAGAUUCUUGCCAGUCUGAAAUAAAAUACUGCCUAAACAGAAGCUGUUCAGGCUGAACGAUGAAGGCACUUACUCCAAUGCCUUCAUCAAUCCUUGUCUUGAAGUUGUUCAGUUUCACACAGUGAUCAAAUGUCCACCAAGUCAAAGAAAGAGGCAGAGAGAAACUGCAUCUCUUUUCAACUAAAAGACCCCUACCACCUGGGGGGUCUUUUAUUUUAAAGCACAGAUCUGUGAGAGAAGAGGACAUCAAAGUGGGAUGGGUAUUUGGCUGACUCCCAAGAAACUGCUGUUAUUCUCUUACUAGUAUUAUAACUAUAUCUGCCAGUUUUAUGAGCUGUUUCCUGCAAUGUGAGAUAGGUCAGAGCCACUAUGCACACAGGAGCUCUGUAUGCACAUGAGGUCAGAGGCACUACGCACACAGGAGCUCUGUAUGCACAUGAGGUCAGAGCCACUACGCACACAGGAGCUCUGUAUGCACAUGAUGACACUGACUUCAGCCUCCACGCCGGGGUUAAAGCGUUAUGUGGCCCUGCUGCAGUGAUACCAUGCAGGUCAUCCAUUGGCUCAUAACCUGUAAUGGCUUUCCCCCCAACCUGGGGAAGAUAGGGUCACCUGAUAAAUGAAGUGGUAUCAAUUCUGUCUUCACUGAGGCAGUUGAUAUGGUCUCUAUGGCUGUAAGUACACUUGAUCCCUACAAUCAAACUGAACGGCUUCAGUGGAAGGAAGAACGAACUAACCGCUCCUGCCUCCCUAUGCACAAAUCCUGCUCAGGCACAGUGCCAUGUGAGGAGCACCACACAAGCACAGAAGAGACUUCAGGGGUAAUCUGCUAAACACAGCUGAGCAUGAGGACUACCACAGGAGUAGGUGAGAGCAGUGACUUCCUACUGUUUCCUGAUGAGUUUGAUACAUACCCUAAACCAAGGAGUUUGAACUACGGGCAGUGGCCACCUUCUAUCACACAGGCCAGCCAGGCAAUGCAUGGAGCACCACAGAGAACAUGAGGUACAAGGCAUUCCACAUUACAGGGUAUUCAGGUACCUCCUGAGGUCCAGAUGUCUCCACAUCUGCAGUAAUGGUUUUGAGGAUUCAACCUUGAGAGCAGGCACCCCAAGGACAAAGUAGAGAGUAAUAAACUCAAAGGUCUUUUGCGAGUAGAGGUCUGAGGCUUGUGAUCUGCCAACAAGCUGCACUGCCUUCAUAUGAUGAAUGCCAACACAGACUCAAAGGCCUCUAACUCUCGUGUGUGAGGGGAAAGGAAACACAGAGGCUCCCACCAGUGGAGAGAACUGCCCCACGUUUUGUGACUCUGCAUCCAUCUUGAUGCAAGUGACUCUGACAUUGCAAGAGAGAGUCAGAUGAGACAGACAGCUCAGGUCCUGCUGCCUGUUUGUGGCAGGGAGCAGAGCUUGCCUGCACACUCUAUGAUGCCUAUGGCACCCUGCACUUGUCUGAAGCUAAAUUCCUCCCAAAACUCCUGAGGGUCUGGUUGCUGGUCUGUGAAGUCUCAUUCACCAUCUUGCUCUUGAUAAACCGUUACUGAGUUUUUAGCCUUUGCUGCUUAUGCUCUCCACUUACUGUCUGCAUUUCACCUACAUUGCAGAGCAAGUCAUCCUCCCCUGCUUCUCUUUCAUUUCACCUUCCUUUCCUUUUUCACAAUGUCACAUCACUCAGGUUGCAAAUACUGACAGGGAAUGUUUCACUACAAACAGAGAGGGUUUCAAUUACUUGUUUGAUGUUUCAUCAGAAGAUGACUCUGAACAAUACCUUUUUUCCAGCUUGUUAAAAUAAACCCAGUGGUUUGGCCCUAAGAGUCUUGACAGCAUUCCUUAAAUUGACAGCUGGAGGUAAUAGAGCACUUUUUUUUGCUGAGGAGCAGAGACAUCUGAUGCCUGCUGGUUUCAUUCUGUGAGCACUCAGGUGGUUUUACUGAGUGAUCAGCAGCUUUUGCCUAAGAUGCUUCUCAAAGCCACGAAUGCACAGCAGAUAAAGAUUAAUAUCUCCAGGUCUUUGUGGACAUCUUUGACAGUUUAGCAAGGCCUGAUUCUGCCACCUUGCACUGAAAUGUUAACAGAUUUUUGUGUGGUUUGCCUUAGUGAGGAUGACAGAGCCAGUGUCUGAAUCUGUCCUACCCACCAGGCCAUUCAUCAGCAGACAGCAAUUAGGAGAGUGAUUAGAAUGCAGAGCUCUGACAAAGUUCAACCGUUUUACACCAGAAUUGAUAGCACUGGGCCCAUGCUUGGGAUGGAAGCUACAGUUUCGUAUGACCAGCCUCACAGCAGCACUUCCAUCCUGCAAAAAAUAUGUGAGUGUUCUCAUCGUGCAUCAGACUGCAAUGGAAACUUUGGUCAUUUCCCAGGCAAAAACAAACGAAAGAAGACAUUGACACAGACUAGCUCAGAGAUGAGGGCCUUCUCCUACCUUACACAAAAAGCAUGCUGAGUCAGUCUGUCAUAUCUGUACCCUAACCCCCCACUUUGUCUGAAACAAACCUCUGCAUUUUAAUUAACAAUUUUCCAAGUAGAUGGAAAUUUUCUUGCUCUCAAGGCUGCUUCUGAAAAAACUGUCCAAAGACAUGAGGCUCACCAUGUAUCUCCUAAGCUGGUGUGCAUCCUUUACACACUUCAGGGUAAAAACUCUUAUGUAUCUAUCCCAUCCAGCCAACCGUGCACUGUACUUAGGUAAUGAUUGCCAGAUGGUGGGAUGCAUUCUAUUUUGAAUACCUAUAUGUUUGCUUAUGUAAAUACAUAGAGAACAACAAAUGUUUGCUGUAUUUUGUAAUGCUGCUGUAAAAUGGUGUUGCAGUGCUUUACUGUUUGGGCAGAUCCCACUGCUGAUAAAGCAGAUUAAAACAUUUAAAUGUCAGCAGUUGUUUUAUAAACCGAAGGUUUGUCUUAAGUA